AUGUUUCCAACAUGCCGGCCGCACCUCGGUCUCCUUCCAGCGGGUGAGGUAGAUGUUGUAGCUGAGGAAGUCGGUCACGCCCUUCUCCGCCAUCUGACCCUCCAGAGACUGCAGCAGGUCGGCGAACCACUCGAAGGCCUGCGUCUCCGGGCACAGCCAGUAGAAGUAGAUCUGGAGGACGGCCUCGUACAGCUCCUGGGUCCAGUCUCCAACGAUACGGAUGUGGGCGCUGAAGUAGUCCUCCUCGGGCGCGGAGGUCAGGGUGAAGGGGUGCCACUCCAGCCUGGAGACAGACGGACACUGGAUGAAGACGUACUGACCCACCUCCAUGUGGAAACCUUUCUUCUUCAUCUGCAGCUCCAGAGUCUUGGAGGGGUGCAUCACCACCUGAGGGACAGGUGGACAGAAGGUUUCAGGAUGCUGUGGCUGCUGCUCUGUCUGCUUCCUCCUGUGGGCAGCAGCAGGAUCGUUGCCCAGGACGUCGAUUAUAAAGAAAAACACAGCCACGAGGAGGUUGCCGUGAUGAAGAGGCCUCACAUCUAUUUCUGCCGCUCGCCCAACAUGGAGGACUUCAGCUGCUGGUGGCAUCCGCUCGACAACCUGACGGACGGAGAGCCGGUCAGAUACGUCCUCACCUACUCCAAAGAUAAGGGGCCCAAACAUGAGUGUCCGGACUACGUGACCUCCGGCCCCAACAGCUGCCACUUCGACAGCAGCCACACAUCCAUAUGGAAGAUGUACUGUUUGAACGUGACCGCCGUCACCGCCCGCAGGAAUUACACCUCAGAGGAACACUGCCUGGAUGUGGCCGAGAUAGUUCAGACCGAAGCUCCGGUGAAUCUGACCUACGUGCUGACGGAUGCUGGUGGGGAUGAGAUGGGUCACAAUGCGCUGCUGUCCUGGACGUACCCGGUGCCCUCCGACCUGCAGUAUGGCUGGAUCACGCUGGUGUACGAGCUGCAGUACAGACGUGUCACUGAGCCCGACAACUGGAAGGUGAAGCACCCUCUGCGGGAGCCUCACGUCGAGCUGCUCGGCCUCCCUGUCGGCGACUUUGUGGUCCGAGUUCGCUGCCGCUCGCACAACUACGGCCUGUGGAGCAAAUGGAGCCCCACGCUGCUGAUGAGCAUCCCCGCCAGGCCGCCCGCAGGUAAACUCCUGGUGCUGAUCCUGGUGACAGGAGUCGGUGUCAUGGCUCUGCUGGUCAUCGCCUUCGGAGUCAUUCCACAGAGCAGGAGAAUAAAAGACUACUUCCUGCCGCCCAUUCCAAAGCCGCGGAUCAUCGGCAUUGACCCGCUGCUGCUGAAGAAGGGGAACUUGGAUGAAAUCAACCGUCACUUCAGUAACUUCCACAGCUACAGGCCUCCGAGCUACACGGAGGAGGUUUGGGACCACGUCAGCACCAACGACGUCUAUCUCACCACGCCGAAGGACUGCAGCGUCCCGGCCGACCAGACGGACCGGCAGAAGGAUGCCUUGAUGGUUCCGUGCGACCUGACGCCCGUGGCGGCCCAUCACCACCUCACAACCCAACAUCCGUCAUCAUACGUGCAGGGCCUGUCGCCCUACUGCUCCUCGUCUCCUGAACCCUUUGCUCCUUCACUGGACCCACCUUCCUCGUGGCCAAGGCCAGAGAUCGUGUCGCUGCCGGGGACAGAGUACAGCGUUAUGGGACAUCCAGGCCUUCCCAACGCCGUCCCCGCUCCCGUUGCCACCAGCCGCUCGCCGCAGGAUUUCUACACCUGUGUGCAGCUCAUGAAUGAAAUUGGCGAGGUGCACCUCGUGCCAUGCCUGCCGCCGCCGUACUGCCGGGAGUUCCCACCUCUCCCGAGGGCAAACUCGGAAGCGGAGGAGAAGAAGAAGGAGGAGGAGAAGAAGAAGAAGCUGGCCGACUGCCAAGCCAGGACAACUGCGAUGAAAGAUGGCGGCGAGGCUGAGAGGAGCGAGGCGGCGGUUCCUCUGCUGCCCAUCACUGUCGAUAACAAAGGCUGAGCCACGAAAAUACAGAUACUGUGAAAACUGCUGCCAUGUUCAGAGCGGGGAUCUAACGUGACCUGCCGGUUUGACUCGAGACUCGAGAAGAGCACCACAUUGACCUUAAGAUGGGAAGUGCACCCGCAGGACAUCGGCAGCGAAACAACAAUGCAGACUCUAUGAAACACUUGUGGCGCAGCGUUGUGUUUAGACGACAGAGACGUUUGUAAAAGUUCCUCUGGACGUCGACUUUUUUCUGUUUUUUGGUAACUCUGCCCACCAAACGUGGCGAUGUAAAGGCUGCAGGUGGAAACAUUUUCUAGAGCCAAUUUCAGGUGAAUCAAAACUCAAAUUCCAAACUAAAUUGCUGCCAAGCAGGCACUCCGUCCAAUAGAGGCUGGACUUGCUGAUGAGUGUAACAGUCACAUGACAUGAUUUAUGGGUAAUGAAGUCCGUCAACCUUAAAGAGAGAACUGUGGAGAUAAAUUUGUCUCAAUGUUAUUUAGGUCCUGAGCGACACACCUGGACCCCAAACAGCUAUAAAUUCAACUUUUUAUUAAGGCUUGAAUUUGCACAUGUUUAAUGGCAGUGAGUCAGAUCCACAGCUCAUCCUCCUGCCCAAAUAUGGUUAUUUCUGGCUCCAAAAAAUCAAGAUGGCAACAUCCAAAAUACCAACCUCGAGGCUUCAAAAUAAACC